AUGUGUCUACACAAGAAUCAUCGUCGUAGGGAAGCUAAGGCGUCUAUGCUUGACCCAAUGGUUCACACUAAAAAUCCAGCUAAACUUGAAAGCAACAAUAUUGUAUCCUCGACUCCAGUAUCUCUACUUUCUGAGAAUCAACUGUCUGAUGCUUCAGAAAACAUAAGCCUAUCGCUUCCUAUGCUAUCCGAACAUGUCCUCAAAACAUCUGACAUACCUUCAGCAACCUGUUCAUCUUCUAACAACCAUGUCUGCUGUGAUGUUAUAAAUGGACCGACUAAUGGAGAUUGUGUUUUUUGUGGUGCUAAACGUUUCUACCAUGAGCCACCUGGUUUUUGCUGUGCUUCCGGUGAAAUUCGAUUAGUUGAGACAGAGAUGCCAGCUCAGUUAGCAAAACUGUACACUGCUAAUACUCCUGAAGCAAUCGAAUUUCACCAAUGUAUUAGAAGCUAUAACAAUAUGUUCGCAUUCACGUCUCUGGGAGUUCAUUCUGAUAAAGAGUUGAAUAAGAGAGACAGAGGAAUCUAUGCAUUCAGAGGCCAUGAUAUCCAUAUAGGCCAUUAUUCUUCUGCAGAGGAAAUAAUUUCAGCUGAGAAUGCAGCUUGGCCUGAGAUCAAGAAGCAUCUGUCUGAUGGCGAAGAAGCACACAACAGACCUGAUGUAACAUCAAGAGUAUUUCGUGCCAAACUAGAGAUGCUCAAAAAUGAUAUUAUCAAAAAAGGGCUUUUUGGCAAAGUAGCAGAUACAUCUUAUGAUCGAGUUACAUCUACAGAAUUACCGGAUCCAGAUCCUUUCCCUUACCUCCAUUCUGUUAUGGUUGCUCAUAUAUUGCAUGGACCAUGUGGAACAGCUAAUAAAAACAGCCCAUGUAUGAAGCAAAAUGGAAAAUGCAGAUUUGCCUAUCCAAAGGAGUUUGCUGAAUUCACGAGACAUAAUAAGGAUUCGUAUCCUCUUUACAUGCGCCGUCAUGAUGGAAACACUGUCACAGCUCGUCACUUCCAGAUUGACAAUCGUUGGGUUGUUCCCUACAAUCCAUACUUACUUGCCAAGUAUGAUUACCACAACAAUGUUGAAGUUUGUUCCACAAUUGAAGCUGUUAAAUAUAUUUACAAAUAUAUCUACAAAGGACACUCAAAGAUCCUGUAUCAGCUCAAUGCAGCAGAGAAUGAUGGAGCAAUUGACGAAAUAAAAAACUUUCAAUCUGGACGUUGGAUAUGUGCACCAGAAGCAACAUGGCGAAUAUUUGUUUUCGACCUCAGUAACUUGAAUCCAUCUGUCAUGGCACUACAGAUACAUUUAGAAGGAGAACAGUCAAUGGUUUUCAAUGAGGAUGAUAUUCUGGAGAGACUUGCAGUGGAUGAACGAAUGUCACGAACUAUGCUAACAGAAUUUUUUCGGAUGAACAGUUUAGAUGCACGUGCACAAGCCUUAAAAUGUCUUUAUAAAGAAUUUUCUCAGCAUUUUGUAUGGAAUGCAACUCACAAAAUAUGGGAACCGAGACAAAAAAGAAGCACAAUUGGAAGACUAACUGCAGUGCAUCCAACUCAAGGUAAAAAGUACUACUUACGGAUGUUACUAAUGCAUGUCAAAUGGCCUAUGUCUUAUGAAAGUCUAAAACACAUUGGUUCAAGAACAGCUUCAACUUUCAGAGAAGCUGCAGAAAUUCUAGGCUUAUUAAAGACUGAUGAUAGGGCAGAACAAUGUUUACUUGAAGCUGUAUCAUUCCAGAUGCCUUCUACUCUCCGUCACUUGUUCGCUCUCAUUAUGGUCCAUGUACUACCUCCUAAUCCAAUGUUGCUAUGGCAGAAAUUUGAACCAUACCUGUCUGAAAAUAUUUCUAGAGACAAGUCUUUAUCACCUGAGCAGACAAAACUAAAAGUUCUCCAGCUUAUUGACUCUCACCUGCAAUAUAUGGGCAAACAUCUUGCUGAUUUCAACAUAGCUGUCCCUGACACUGAUGCCUUUUCCAUUCAAAGAGACACACAAGAAAUAGGGGCCGAGCUCGACAUCAAAGUUUUUGCUGAAGACAUAGCAUCAGUUGCUCUUCUUAAUGAUCAUCAACAAUCUGCUUAUAAUAAAAUCAUCAAUAGAAUUGACAACAACAUAGCAGGAGCUUUUUUUAUAGAUGGGUCAGGAGGAACAGGCAAAACAUUCUUAUCAAAGACUUUAUUAACAACUGUGAGGUCUAAAGGCCAAAUUGCAUUAGCCACAGCAUCAUGCGGCGUUGCUGCUUCCAUUCUUCCAGGAAGACGUACAGCUCACUCUCGAUUUAAGAUUCCAAUUCAUGAGGACAAUGACAGUGGCUGUAAUGUUAACAAACAAAGUAGCAGUGCAAGAUUGAUCAAGCAAGCCAAACUCAUCAUCUGGGACGAAGCAACAAUGGCCAAAAAAUAUGCUAUUGAGUGCUUUGAGAAGCUACUAAGGGAUAUAAUGAACUCAGAUACAGUAUUUGGUGGCAAGGUUAUCGUAUUUGGUGGUGACUUCCGCCAGACAUUACCUAUUGUCAUCAAAGGGUACAAAGAAGAUUACAUUUCUGCCAGCUUGGUAAAAUCUUAUGUUUGA